AUGGAAGAGAGAGUGACAUGUAUUUGCCGGCAUUGUCUGGUUGAGAAAUACACACAAACCAGCCCUCUACGUCUCGAUUUCGCCGUGUCCGCCGUUGGUGACGUAUCUGUCAAGCAUGACUGUGACCAGAUCGCUGGCGACACACCCUCCCAGCGGGACCUUCCCCAGCAUGAAGUGGCAGGGUGCCCCUCGUCCGACGCAGGUGACACGCCAUCGGGCAGGUUGAUUGCCACGUAUAAAGCCGGGCGGGCGCCCUGCGACCCCUCCUCGAAACCCUCCUCUUUCACUGCUCUUGAUCCUGACUCGUCGGUGCCAAAACAUUGUCCGGAUAAGCCAGACGACCGGAGAAACUCCAGCGACGAUGCACCAAACGAUACACGGUCCGAGCGACGAAGACGGCCUCCAGAGUGCUGCAGACUGCCUCGCGGGAGCGAAGAAGGUCGUGGUUCUGAUGGGCGCCGGCGUCAGCACAGCUGCACAUAUUCCGGUAGGCAUGCAGUCUGA